AUGCUCACACAGACGAGAGAGGGAGACGAAAGCGGUUUUUCGAGCUCAUCCAGGUGUGCCGCCGUCUCCGGGCUUCCUCACUGCCUCGCUGCAGCUGUCCGGAUCUUGUCAAUGAAGAAAAGGUUCAGUACUUCGAAGAGUAGUUCACAACGUGGGAGUCAGCAGCCCCAGAAUCCCCAGAGAGCGAGUGCCCACCAAGCAGAGAGCCCAGGCCCAGACGUUUCCAAAUCGAAGCCUACGCCCGCAGAGCGGACCCAUCGAACAGCAGGUGUCACCCUUCUGCUUCCAAACCCCAACUGCCUCCAGGUGCCUCGCGCGCUCUCCAAACUUGCGCUCAGAGCUGCCUCCCCGCGGGGUGGCUGCGCCCCUCUGCGAGCCCACCGCGCGCUCCUGUCCCGCGCGUCCGUGGGCGGGGGUGGAGGAGUCGGUGCGAGCCGGCCAAGUGCCGCAGCAGCAGGCGGGCGUCUCAGGAGUGGAAGACGAACUUGCAGCGGAGUUUGGGCGCAGUGCUGCGCGGAGGAGGCGCGGCUAGGGUUCCGGGACAGAGGCGCCGGCACCAUGGCUGCGGCCCCCGCUCCGGCCCGAGUCCCAGCGCACCUGCAAUACCGCGUGCAAUUGCUCUUCGUGACCGAGGAGCAGCUCUUCGGGGCUGGGCCGCUCUCCCCCUCCACCGCGAAGUCUCUGCGGCUGGAGGUGCACCCGGCUGGGGAGGAGGCAGACGCGACAGUGACUGACGAUGAUGGCGUCUGUGUCUUUAAAUGUUUACUCAACAAAGAUACUGAAUGUUGCCGUGUGGGGAAGGAGUCCAUCUUGAUUACUCUGGGAUACCACAGUGCCUUGCUGAAAUUUGAGUCUCAUGCCGAUGAUGGCGUCUGUGUCUUUAAAUGUUUACUCAACAAAGAUACUGAAUGUUGCCGUGUGGGGAAGGAGUCCAUCUUGAUUACUCUGGGAUACCACAGUGCCUUGCUGAAAUUUGAGUCUCAUGCCGAAUUAAGUGCAUUUUCAAACACCUUGAAAAGAUGUCAGAAUGAGAAGAAGGAGUCCUCGGUGUUCAGCCAGCGGACAGAAGAGGCAUCUGCUGCACAGUACUUCCAGUUUUAUGGCUGCAUUUCCCAGCAGCAGAAUAUGAUGCAAGACUUUGUGAGGACAGCCACGUACCACAGAGCCAUUCUCCAGAACCACACUGACUUUAGAGAUAAGGUUGUUCUAGAUGUUGGUUGUGGAUCAGGAAUUCUGUCAUUUUUUGCUGUACAAGCUGGAGCUAGGAGAGUCUAUGCAGUUGAAGCCAGUUCAGUAGCACGAUAUGCUGAGAUGCUAGUGAAAAAUAAUCACCUUUCAGAGAAGAUCAUUGUUUUGCCAGGGAAAAUUGAAGAUAUCUCACUUCCGGAGACUGUAGACGUGAUCAUUUCUGAACCAAUGGGAUACAUGCUGUUUAAUGAAAGAAUGUUAGAGAGCUACCUUCAUUCCAAAAAAUGGUUGAAAGCAAAUGGAAUGAUGUUCCCGACAUUCAGCGACAUCCACUUGGCCCCCUUUUCUGAUGAACAGCUCUACAUGGAACACUACUCCAGAGCCAACUUUUGGUACCAGCAGUGCUUCUACGGGGUCAACCUGUCCAGUCUCCGGGGUGCUGCAGUGGACGAAUACUUCAGACAGCCAAUAGUAGACACAUUUGACAUUAGGAUUUUGAUGGCUCGGACAGUCAAAUACACAGUAAACUUCAUAGAUACAGAAGAGGCAGAUCUCCAUAGAGUAGAAAUCCCCUUUGUGUUUCAGAUGCUGCAGUCUGGCCUCAUCCAUGGCCUGGCCUUCUGGUUUGACGUGGCCUUUGUUGGAUCUCUGGUAACAGUUUGGCUGUCAACAGCCCCAACUGAGCCUCUGACUCACUGGUACCAGGUGCGGUGCCUCCUUCAGACUCCCCUCUUUGCCAAGGAAGGAGAAACCCUCUCGGGAAAAGUGCUGUUUGUGGCCAAUAAACGACAGAGCUAUGGCAUUCAGAUCAUGGCCCUGGUUGACCAGACAGGCUUCAGGUCUGGGAACAUCCUUGAUUUGAAGAAUCCUUUCUUUAGGUUUGCUUAGAAGAUAGUCUCAAGCCAAUCAGUAAGUAAAAUGAAGGCCUGAGAAGUCCCUCGACAUCCAAGUUCAUAUUUCGUAUUUCAAAGAAGCAUUCUGAAUUUUACAAGGAUGUUUAGGUUUAUUUAAAUUUCACUUUUUUCUAACACUAGAAUGUGCAUCCUAAUUUUAUUGACGAGUAUAUUUCUUGGUUCUUCUUAGGCUGGCUUUUUACAGCUUUCUGCUUGUUACUGAAAUACAUUUUUUAAAUUUUUUGGUUUUUCGUUAUUAUUAUUUUAGUAAAACUGACAGCAUUGCCUUCGUUUUUGAAGUACUUUAAAAAGAAAUUUAACAAAAUCCUACCUCAUGUUUGUAUGUCUGCGUAUGUAUGACAUGACCUAAGAGCAUGUUAGGAGUGAUCUUCUAUUUGCAAUUUUAAGCUGUUUUCACACAUAUUUUCAACAGAUCAACAGCUAGUUUCUUGGUCAGCAAUAUGUUAAAAAAUUUUUGCCCUAUUCAUGUAAUGGAAUAAUAUGAUGUCAGGAAUGUUCUUCAUUGGCAAUGUUUGAUGGCUCUGUAUGUAGUUAAAAAAAUAAAGAUGGAAACUUUGACAGUU